AUGCUGAGCGAAUCACGAAAUCGCAAACUUUGAGCUCGAUUUUCUCCAAAAUUCUCCGCAAAAAUACUUUCAAAAUUGUUUUCGGAUCUAAUGAGCACAUUUCGAAACGUCUGAGACAGCAGAAAUAAUGAACAAAAGUUAAUUUUAUUGAAAAAUCGAGUGUUUUUCAUCCAUAUGAAAAAAAUGAAUUUUCGAGCAUUUUUUUAGAUUUUCCAAGUCGUAUUUUUGCGGAGAAUUUUGGAGAAAAUCGAGCUCAAAGUUUGCGAUUUCGUGAUUCGCUCAGCAUCUUCCAGCGCCUACAAAUCAAAACCGGUUACAGGCUUGCUUCUUAUGUCAUUAAAACUGCAUAAACGAAACUGAAUUUCGACUGGCAAUAAGUUUAUGUUCCAUGGUUAGCUGACUGUUUGAUAAGCUAUUUAAAAGAAUGGUGGUUUUCCGUUGAUUCUGCAAGGUUUUUCCGAUCGUGCUUAUAUGACUGGUUUUAGAGUUGGAAUCAGAAAAAUUACUUCUUUUAUGUACAAUGUUUAGAGCUCUAUUUCUUUCUUACUUUUUUAUUUUGGUAACAUACCAUGGUACAUAAAAGAAGAUCAGGCGUAUGAAUGACUUUUAACAGAAAAAAUAAACAUGUAAUUCAAGGUUUCUGCCUAUCAUGACCAACAACUAAAAAUAGCAAAAAUUAGCUCUAUGAAACGAUCAAAUCAGACUUUUUUCAAAACAAUUGUUUCGGACAAACGCACCAAUCUUAUGGAGGAUGUUUUGAGAAUUAGGCUACGCCAUACCCGUAGAACAUGACUUGUAGAGGAAACAAAUAUGGAUUCAUGCACAACUUGACGAGCAAACCUACCAUAAUCAAAAUUUGGCGGCUCGAGGUCGGCGUAAACUCUGCAUAAGCUGCGUGAAUGUACACGAUUUUCAGCAUAAUUGAAGUCUUUGUUUAAAUCUCAAAUUUAAAAUCGCCGUUUAGGUUAUCUAUUUGGAUAAUCGUCAGUUUUUGAGUGGACACAAGAGAGGCUAACUUUUAGAGACACUAAUGGAUCGAAACACGUUUCUCCAGACCUUCAACCGGACAUGUGUGACUUUACGUGAAAGGUGCUGAUUGCAAAUAUUAUACUCAUUUGGGCCCACGGGAGGCUUCUGAAAAGUCUAGGUUCUCUGGAGAAGACCUAAACGGUGUUUUGAAGUAGUGUUGAACACAUUGAACUGUGUAUGCUUCUGAGUUUUUAUGUUUACUCGACCCGAUUUUAAUUGAGUUACGGAUUACUUAACUGAACGCCGAUAUUUCUGAGUUGUAGUAAGAAUUUUUCCAUCCGUUUGCAUUGUAUACACUUUCAAGCUUGCCGGAAAACUUUUCACUUGUUUGUGUUCACCUACGUGAAACACAGGGUAGACACUUACACUAUGCAUCGGAGUUCAUUUGCCGCAAAGAAAUAUCUACUUCGCUGCUAGAGGAUGAAGCGUAAAAGUCCUAAACUUUCAUGAAUACAAGAUGACAAACAGCAAGGAGAAUACGGUGUUUUGCUGACAAUUUCCUGAAUGGUAUUUUAUCUCCCACACAGUUCGUAUCCGAUCAUACCUUCUCAUACGAUAUCUCAUCUUUAGAAACUUGUUACCCUAGGAUAGUUCUCUUUCACAACAGCUUUUUAGACAACAUUUCACCAGUUUGUGUUUGCAUAAAAGAACCGCGGACCUUCAUAUAUCAGCUCAACCCUUCAAUCUUCUCAAUACUUUUAAUUCUUUCACUCCCUCAAACUUGAUAUACGAAUUCUAUCAACUUUUUAAUGCUGUCAAUUACUAAUCGUAAAUUAGAUACCCCUGGGCGUACGAUGAGACUUUCGAGCGAAGUAGAAGUCUCCGUGACGUCAUGUGAGGCUCUUCGCUGUACUAAAUGGUACUAGUUUGAGAUAAAAAGUUCUGAAUUUCAAAAUUGGUUUUACUAUGCCUACACUUGAAAUAUAUCAAACUUUAUCCAGCUUUUUGAUCAUUGGUACUCGUAUAUAAUAUUGGGUUAUAAAUAAAAAGAAUGUACAAAAACUAAAUUAACCACAUGCAGAAUUGAUUACUGACAAGUUUUGAGAUACCUAAAUAUUUCUUCUCUCAAAUUUAGGUUGAUCGCUAUUGGUUAUCAAACGGUCGUUCCAUUAUUUUACUUGCUGAUGGCUAUCCCGUUAAUCUUGCUUGUGCGCACGGUAAUCCAAGUUUUGUUAUGAGCAAUUCGUUUACAAACCAAGUAUUUGCACAGAUUGAACUAUAUACAAAACGAAGACAAUAUCCAGUAGGGAUACACCGGCUAUCGAAAAAGUUGGAUGAAGAAGUGGCUUUGGCGCAUUUAGACUAUAUGGGUGUUAAAUUAACGAGAAUGACAGCUGAGCAAUCAGCGUAUUUAGAUGUAAACCAAAAUGGACCGUUCAAACCAGAACAUUACCGUUACUGA